CCACCCACCUGUCGCCACGGAGGGGCACGAAGCAGUGGUGCGCAGCUAUAAAGGGGGCUGGGAGAGGCACCACUUCACUAGAGCCACCAUGAUAACCACCACCCCGCUUGUGCUACUGCUCCUGUCUGCAGGUGCUCUGGGACGCUCCUGUGUGGGACGGUGCGGCGUGGACGACGGAACAACUUCCUGCCAAUGCAACUCCCUCUGCUCAAAUUUUGGUGACUGCUGUGACGACUACGAGGCCGUCUGCCUGUCAUGCAAGGACAGGUGCGGGGAGAGUUACUUGCAUUCAAAGCCUUGCCAGUGCAACAAUGGCUGUGGAUCCCAUUCCAACUGCUGCCAUGAUUACCAGGACACCUGCUUGUCGUGCGAAGACAGAUGUGGGGAAAGUUAUGACCAAUCUAAACCUUGCCAGUGUAACAAAGACUGUGGAUCUCACUCCAACUGUUGUGCUGACUACAGCGAGGUGUGCGGUGGUGGUGGACAAGGCGUGACGGAUGAUGACCUGCGCACCAUCACGGAGGAAAUGUUCGCUGCAGAUGUGAACAGCGUCUAUGACCAACUGACACUUGACUACCAGGGGAACGGGAGUUCUGGAGACUUAGCCCCCGGCCCACUGUUUGUGUCAGUACCAGAGUCUGCACUAAGCGGCCCCACCAUAGCACCACUGAUGAAGGUGCAAGACAACUACAUCCCCUCAGUUUCUCAGGCAGAGGAACAAGAUACGAACGAGAUAGCAGAACAGAAUGCCUUCUUGGACGCAAUCAUGAACACUGAAGUCAUGAAACUGGCUGAGACUUUCCUUCACUCUAAAAAUCUUUUAGCAGGAUCGUUGCGUGACAAGCUGGACCAAAUGUGGUUUACUCUGUACAAGCGCACACACGAUCGGAGUUCUUCAGGUUUCGAGCACGUGUUCGUAGGGGAACUGGACGGCGAGGUGUCUGGUUUCCAUAACUGGGUUAACUUUCAGAAGGAAGAAGACGAGGGUAAUCUAAACUACUACGGCUGGAUGGACUCUAUAAAGCUUGGGACCAAGGGGGAGCUGCUCGUGGAUCGCUUCAGAUGGAAUAGUCAGGAUAAGAGGAAGGGCUCCAUGUUUGUGGGUACUUCGCCUGAACUGGAGAUGGCCACCUAUACCAUGUGUUUCUUCGCCCGCCCUAACAGUAGCUGCCCCGUUCAGAUGGGAGGCAAACAGUUCCAAGUGAAAACGUAUACUAUUUAUGGUGAUUCGUUGUUGGGCAGUGCAUAUCCUGAAAUCUUGCAUUCACAUUAAAGUCAACUAAUACAUUGUUAUA